UCCAAGAAAAGUAUGGUGGCUGGCAGAAUAUAAGCAUGAUAAAUUAUUUUAAUGAUUAUGCAAAUCUGUGCUUUGAGAAGUUUGGCGAUCGUGUGAAACACUGGAUUACGUUCAGCAAUCCUUGGGCAGUGGCUGAGAAGGGCUAUGAAACAGGAGAACACGCGCCAGGACUGAAGCUCGGCGGCUGCGGCGCCUACAAGGCUGCUCAUCACAUCAUUAAAACUCACGCCAAGGUUUGGCACUCCUACAACAACACCUGGCGCAGGGAGCAGAGAGGGAUGGUUGGAAUUUCCCUAACGAGUGGCUGGGGGGAACCUGUUGAUCCACACAGCCAAACAGACAGAGAUGCUGCCGAAAGGUACAUCCAGUUCCACCUGGGAUGGUUUGCAAAUCCCAUUUACAGAGGGGACUACCCAGAAGUUAUGAAGAAUUAUGUAGGUAGGAAGAGUGCCCAGCAGGGCCUGGGGACAUCAAGAUUACCAACUUUCUCAGUGCAAGAGAAAACCUAUAUUAAAGGCACCUCGGAUUUCCUGGGAAUAGGUCAUUUUACAACUCGUUAUGUUCUGCAGAAGAACUUUCCCUUUCUCCAAGUGUCCAGUUACCACACUGACCGUGACCUGGCUGAAUUGGUGGACCCAAACUGGCCAGCUCCAGGCCCUAAGUGGCUCUACUCUGUGCCCUGGGGGUUCAGACGAUUACUCAAUUUCAUCAAGACCCAGUAUGGGAACCCCCUGAUUUAUGUGACAGAGAAUGGAGUGUCUGAAACCGUGCAGUGCCCUCAGCUGUGUGACGAGUGGAGGAUACAGUAUCUCAAGGGAUACAUCAAUGAGAUACUGAAAGAUUCCCUGAUUACUCACAUGGAAAUGGUGACAGAGAUUGUUCUUCCAACAGUUUUCACACUCUGCAUACUCAUCAGUAUUGUCCUCCUCAUAUUCUACCUUCGAAACCACAGCUAAAAUUACUGUUUGCACACAUCUUCAUUUGCCAAAAGGACUAAGCUGCAACUGUUUUAUUUGAUAGCUAAAAUUUACCACAGAUGCCUCUUUUUAUACCCCUGUAAUGAAAUAUUAUUUAUCAAUCCACCUAGAGCUUUUAUAG